AUGUGUCCAACCGCAUGGUGCGGUUUGCACACCAGAGGGAAUGUUGGUAGACCAUCAUUGAUGCUUCAGGCGGUUGCGUCUACUGACUUGUGGAUUUGGAAUGCAUAUUUUGGUCAGCAGGGGUCCAACAAUGACAUCAACGUGUUUGAGGCAUCCCUAGUCUUGGAAGAAAUUAUAUCUGGCUUGGCACCUACAUCGGGUUUUUAUGCAAACAACAACUACUAUAAAGCCGGAUACUACUUGACAGAUGGCAUCUACCUUGAGUAUUCCACUUUUGUGAAGACUUUUAUCGACCCGAUUGAUGAAAAGAGAAAAUACUUUAAGAAAAAACAAGAAUCGGCGCGAAAGGAUAUCGAGAGAGCAUUCGGGGUUCUUAAAAAGCGUUGGAAAGUUGUUAGUUUUCCCUCACGGUUUUGGGACAAGCAGAGGAUGCAUGACGUGAUAUACGCAUGUAUCACCCUACACAACAUGAUAUUGGAGGAUGAAGAUAAAGCUUUUUGUCAAGACUUCAACGAUGAAGACUCGACACUAGACCCGGCGUAUUGGGAACAACAAACUUCAAUGGAGCAACGGAUCGCGAAUUCACAAGCCGUACGAAAUAGCCAAACCCACAACAUGCUCUUAGCGGAUUUGGUAGAUCAUCUUUGGGAAAACAAGAGGGGAAAUCAUCCACCAUACGUGCUGUAA